UUCGCUGGAUGGUCAUGGCGGCGGCAGAGGGCGGAGGGCGGUGCCGGCUCCGCCUUCCAUGAGGUGCAGUAGAGCCUAGCUUACGACACUAACUUGAUUGAGCUGGCCAGGCCGCGGCCUCUGAGCAAGGUGCUCUGAAGUCGCUGCGGUUCGGCCUCCUCCGCCCAGUCAGCGCACUCUUCCUGCCUCACACACCUAUCUUUGCCAACUUUUACCAUCAGGCCUUAACCAGGCAAAAACUGACAGGAGGACAUGUCCGGACCGGGUAGCUACCAGUCGAAGGAAAAGAUCCACCCCCAUUUUCUGAUUGGCUCCUGGGAGGGACCUGCCACUUCCUGACACUCUCAUUGGCUUAGGUGACAGAGGCGUGGUGAGCAUGCCAUACCAUCCUCGCCCUCUUUUCAUUGGCUCAGGGGUGUGGCCCAUCUUGCUUCGGCUUCCUCAUUGGCCUACUACAGUUCUUGGGGGCGGGGCCUUCGUGGAUGAAGACAACAAAGGGUCGCCGAUCUCCAGCGGGCGGCAGGCGGCGGUGUUCCAGUCUUCCUUACUCCGUUCAGCAGAGGCUCGUCGGCCUCCCGCUAGUCCCACUCCAGAUGAAGUGUGAGCACUGCACACGAAAGGAAUGUAGUAAAAAAUCAAAAACUGAUGACCAGGAGAAUGUGUCCGUUGAUGUGCCCAGCCCAGCCCAGGAGAAUGAAGAGAAGGGAGAAUUCCAUAAGUUGGCAGAUGCAAAAAUAUUUCUGAGUGACUGCCUGGCCUGUGACAGCUGUGUGACUGUGGAGGAAGGUGUCCAGCUUUCCCAGCAGAGUGCCAAGGAUUUCUUCCAUGUCCUGAAUCUUAAUAAGAGAUGUGACACCUCAAAGCACAAAGUUCUGGUUGUGUCUGUGUGUCCUCAGUCUCUGCCUUAUUUUGCUGCUAAAUUCAAUCUCAGUGUCACUGAUGCAUCUCGAAGACUGUGUGGCUUCCUCAAAAGUCUGGGAGUGCACUAUGUAUUUGACACAACAAUAGCUGCAGAUUUCAGCAUUCUGGAGAGUCAGAAGGAAUUUGUACGCCGGUAUCACCAGCACAGUGAGGAACAGCGUGAGCUGCCCAUGUUGACCUCUGCCUGUCCUGGUUGGGUCAGAUAUGCUGAGCGGGUACUGGGACGCCCCAUCAUCCCAUAUCUUUGUACUGCCAAGUCCCCUCAGCAGGUCAUGGGCUCCUUGGUGAAGGAUUAUUUUGCCAGACAGCAGAGCCUGGCUCCAGAGAAAAUCUUCCAUAUUGUUGUGGCUCCCUGCUAUGAUAAGAAGCUGGAAGCUCUUCGAGAGGGACUUUCUCCUACUUUAAAUGGUGCUAGGGGCACUGACUGUGUGCUGACGUCAGGUGAAAUUGCUCAGAUAAUGGAGCAAAGUGACCUCUCUGUGAAAGACAUUGCUGUGGAUACUUUGUUUGGAGACGUGAAGGAAAUGGCAGUACGACGUCACGAUGGAGUGAGCUCAGAUGGGCAUCUGGCUCAUGUCUUCAGACAUGCAGCCAAGGAGCUGUUUGGCGAGCACGUGGAGGAGAUCACCUAUCGUGCGCUGAGGAACAAAGACUUCCAUGAGGUCACCCUUGAGAAGAACGGGGAGGUCUUACUGCGCUUUGCUGCAGCAUAUGGCUUUCGCAAUAUACAGAACAUGAUCAUGAAGCUCAAGAAGGGCAAAUUCCCAUAUCACUUUGUGGAGGUCCUUGCAUGCCCCAGAGCUGUGUGCCCUGAGGUAAAGCUCCCUCAAGAGGCCAUUCCACAGGGAAGAAGAGGUCCACUUGUAUGUGUCUUUCAGGAUGCUUAAAUGGCAGAGGCCAAGCACAGACAGAGGAUGGCCACACAGAUCGUGCGCUACUGCAGCAAAUGGAAGGGAUCUACUCCGGCAUCCCCGUGUGGCCCCCAGAGAGCAGUACACAUGUGCAGGAGUUGUACCAGGAGUGGCUCGAGGGUACUGAAUCCCCCAAAGUCCAGGAGGUGCUGCACACCAGCUAUCAGAGCUUGGAGCCUUGCACAGACAGCCUGGAUAUCAAGUGGUGACAAAGCCAGAAGGGCAGGAGGGGACAGCUCUGAGUGCAGAGUGGUGGGUGCUUCAAGAAACAGCGGGUCACUGCAGCUUUGCCAGCACUCCAGGACAUGCAGUUUCAUGUGGUGCUAUCUUUGUAGCGUGUGAGGGAGAAGAAUGUUUGCACGUGGGAGGAGCAUUUUCCCUCUCUGCCUAUCCUUGUAUCCCAAGAUUGUGAGAAAGAUCCCAAAGAUUCAAAAUGUGUUCUUACAGAAUCAAGACCCUGGGCUUGUGAUCCACGAGCCUAAGAUUAUUGCUUCAGGAAUGGAGACACCAGGAAGGGCUAGGCUGCUGUACAGUGGAUAACUAUGGCCUUUACAGAGGCCCAUCUUCUGGCCCAAUUGGCUCUUUUACUUGUAUACAUUUUUUGAAAAUAAUUUUGAAUUCUAGGGCCAGCAAGACAGCUCACUGGUACCAACCUUAGUUUGAUCUACAGAGCCCACAUGUGGCAACAAAGGCACCAUGGUAUGCGUACAUACCACUGAGGCCACACUCUCCAAAACAGCUAUGAAGGAAAUUAUCCCGGUUGUAAGUCAUAGUAACAGUGAGCCGUAUUCUUCACAGUCACCGAAGGUCAGCAGCCAUUACCACCUUGGCAAGCAGGACCGCUGGUGUGUGUGAGCCACUCACCCUUCCUUUUACUGGACCUGAGACUCAGCUUCGGGGGCCUCACCUCAGAAGAAAGGCACUGAGAACAGCAUGUACGGCGCUCUGCAUUUGAUGCAAUGUAUAUUUAAAAAUAAACAAGUAGAGAAGUAAGAGGGUUGCCCACCUAGGCUUUGGGGUUUUAGGGGUGGUGCAGCUCACUGGUUAUUGCUGUGGGGUAGGAUAAUAGAACAAAGGCUCCAUAGACCCUGGAGUGGGUGAACACCUUUGUAAUGUCCAUCCCUGUAAACUCCUCCCCAGUGCCUUUUCAUACAAAUAGGCCCGGAGUAUCCUCCCCCCACCCCCCACACAUGCACACACACACACACACAAGGCCCACUGGUCUAGACAGCAUCCCUUCAGCCCUCACUACUGCUAGUGUGAGCAUGCCUUAGGGGAAACAGUAUGUUCACACACAGAAAGAGCUGCCCGAUGGUGAAAUUCACAAAAUCAUGUGACACAUACUAGAGUCCAUCCAGGAGAUAAAGGGGUUUGAUGAAGCCCCUGAAUUUUGCUCAGUAUGUGACUACCUUGACCCUCAGUUUUUUUGUUAGCCCUGGCUUAUGUUUUGUUUCUCCUGUGAAUCUGUCUAGGAACAUAACUGGAUAUGUUAUUGUAAACCAGUGGUUCUCAACCUGUGGGUUGUGACCCCCCAUAAAGGGGCCACAUGUCAGAUAUUUACAUUAGAAUUCAUAACAGUAGUGAUGCUACAGUUAUGAGGUAGCCAUAAUAAUUCUAUAAUUGUUGGGGGUCAUCAUAACAGGAAAAACUAAAGGGUCACAGCAUAGGAAGGUUGAGAACUACUGUUAUAAAUUAUGAAUUUUUUGCUUUCAGUCUCUAUGCCUUGGGUAUCUAUCCCCAAAGUAACUGGUUAUGGAAUAAACAAUGCAAUGAAGUCUUGA